AUGAACCCUAUUCAUAUGGAAGAAGCCCACCACAGGGACGUAGUUAUGGUAAGCAAUAAAACGGAGCGAGCCGUUCCCGUGACGUCACCCCCGCAGUCGAAUGUGGUCGACUCGAAGGAAGCCUCGUCGAAUCACAUCACCAGCGCCCCCUCCAGGAGAUCCUACAAGCGCAGGCGCAGAGGCAGGAAGAUGCGCAAGAAAGCGCCGCCCAAGAGUAAAAUGCCCGGCGGUCUCAUCGGGCCUUAUCCUAUAGUACCGCAAGGUACGAGAGAGGCGGCCUUCGUCCACGCCAUCUCCUCGGCGGGCGUGGCCCACGCCAUCACCCGCAGGUGUUCGACGGGCGAGCUUGAAGACUGCGGCUGCGACAGGUCCGUCAGAGGCGUCACCCAACACGGCUUCCGGUGGUCUGGGUGUUCCGAUAACAUCGCCUACGGGGUGUCUCUGUCGAAAAGAUUCGUGGACGCCAGAGACCGGAAGUUGGUCCAGAGACACAAGAGGAAGGGAAAGAGAGUCAGCAGCAGAGCCCUUAUGAAUCUACACAAUAACGAGGCUGGGAGGAAGGCGAAUGGUUUUGUGAAGUUUUUUUCUCCCCUGAGUUGGUCCAGCAGUAAAAUAGAAGAAGAAGAAGAAGAAGAAGAAGAAGAAGAAGAAGAGAAGAAGAAGAAGAAGAAGGAUGGAGGAUGGGGAAAAAUUAAGACUAAGAAGAAAUGA